AUGACCAUUCCAGACCAAUCUUUUCAAUUACAUCAUACAACUCCCCAACCAAUGGCGAUAUCGAGUUCAGGCUUGCGAUUCACCCUGUCAACUGGACAAGAGAUUUUGGAUGGUAUAUCAGGUGGAGCAGCAGUGAACUGUUUAGGUAAUGGUAAUUCAGAAUUAGUAAAAACGAUGAAUGAACAAGCCGAAAAAAUGGCUUUCACAUAUCAUCAAUCAUUGGGUAAUGAAGAAAGUGAAAAAUUAGCUAAAUUGUUAUGCGAGAAAAGUGGGAAUGAAAUGAAAGCUGCUGCCUUUUUGAACUCUGGCUCAGAAGCUAUGGAAGCUGCAAUCAAACUUGCCAGGGAAUAUUGGGUGGAAAAAGGUCAACCGCUAAAGAAUCACAUUAUAAGCAGAUUUCCAAGCUAUCACGGUAACACCUUGGGUGUUCUAGGUAUCGGUAAUAUACCAUCUCGACGAACGGUUUAUGAACCGUUAUUCUCUCCUAACAUACAUCAUGUAGCUUCACCUCAGUAUGAAAGAUUUGGCUUACCUGAUGAAUCGGAAGAAGCAUAUUCUCAACGAUUAGCUGAUGAAUUAGAAUCAACGAUAUUGAAGAUCGGGCAUGAGAAUAUCAUAGGAUUCGUUGCUGAACCAAUCGUGGGAGCAGCUUUAGGAGUCAUGCCACCUCCUAAAAGAUACCUCCCGUUGAUUUCAAAAGUAUUGAAGAAGUAUGACUUGUUGUUGAUUAUGGAUGAGGUGAUGUGUGGUUCAGGUAGAUCAGGUGAAUUAUUCGCUUAUCAAUCUAUUUCUACCAAGACCGAUGGAGAAGAAGGAGAAAAAGUCGUUCCUGAUAUAUUAGCCAUGGCAAAAGGCUUAGGCAGUGGUUAUGUUUGUAUCUCUGCGGUAUUAACUGGACAAAGAGUUACAGAUAGGAUCAGGAAAUCAGGCGGAUGGAAAAACUCUCAUACGUAUCAAAAUCAUCCUGUCAAUUGUGCUGUUGCUAGAAAAGUCAUGGAGAUCAUAGAACGAGAUGACUUACUCACCAAUGUUAAGCAAAGAGGUGAACAAUUGCUCAAUGAACUUCGAGAAUUGACAAAAGACAUUUCAAUCGUGUUCGACAUAAGGGGUAAAGGAUUAUUUGUCGGCAUCGAACUCAAUGGAUCAUCGUCCCUUGAACCAAGACUUGCGGCCAGAGUCAAGGGAAGAUGCUUUGAGAACGGAUUAUUGGUUAUGGCUAUGAGUGGGACGAUCGAUGGAAUUGAAGGUGAAUGUAUCAUCCUUGGUCCGGCGUACGUAGUCACUGAAGAAGAGAUCAGUGAGAUAGUUAGGCUGCUUGUCAUGAGUAUCAAGGAAGUUGCGGAAGAAUUUGAAGAAGAAUACUGA